UUCCUAAUCUUUUUCUCACAGUCUCAUCCGUCAUCUCCAACUCUCUUCCUCUCUUCACGACAGAGCCUCCAUGGCCAUGGCCGAAGAUUCUUGGCUGGACCUCCAUGCCACCACCGCAAGCCACAUGAACUACCAACGUGGUGGCUCUCUUCCUCUCCAUUUCAAAAAUUUCCUCAAUCUAACCAUAGCCCCACGCGGGAAAAGAGGUGCUACACGCGGCCGAGGCGGGGGUCGUAUCAGCUUGGUAUCAGAGCAGGUUAUGGCUGAGGAUCGGGUGGACAGAUUGGAAGGUGAGGUUAACAACUUGACUUCCAUGGUUUCGGAACAACAGAAGAUGAUGAAGGAGAUACAGGAAAUGCUUGCUGCAAUGCAUACUCGUUUUGGCAACCUUUCGAGUAAUCAUAGCAGUGAGAGUUCUCACAAGCGUGGUGAGGGGGAAAGGUCUUCAGGUAGAUUCAACUCUGGACCAUCCGGCUCACAUGGUGCUGUCAUUCCAAGGGUGACAAAACUAGAUUUCCCACGCUUCAACGGAAAUGAAGAUCCAACUAGUUGGAUCUGCCGUGCAGAGCAAUUUUUUGAAUUCCAAAAUAUUGCUGAGGAAGAAAAAAUUUCAUUGGCUGCCUACCAUUUGGAGGGGGAAGCACAAUUAUGGUAUCAAUUACUAAAGGAAGAAGAGAGAGUGAUCACUUGGCCUCUCCUCAAAGAAGGCUUGUACACACGUUAUGGCCCAACAGAGUUUGAUGACUUCUUUGGUGAUCUAACGAAGCUUAGGCAAAUGGGAUCUGUGAGAGAGUAUCAAAGCCAAUUUGAAAGAUUGCUUAGCAGAGUAGGAAAAUUACCACCGGCACAACAAGUGGGUUGCUUCAUUAGUGGCCUUAAAGAACAUCUACGAAUUGAUGUUCAAGCCCUCAAACCGGCUUCCUUAUCUGCUGCAGUGGGCUUAGCUCGCCUCUAUGAAGCCAAGUCCCAGUUUCAACAUCAACAACCUCCAUCUGAAGAAAAUGAAGAGCCUUUGCCUCCAUCUCUUAGCAAAGUGAGACCUACUACUAAGACUAUCAAGAAACUUACACCUACUGAACUGAAAGAGAGGCGAGACAAGGGCUUGUGCUUUAAUUGUGAUGAGAAAUUUGCACCAGGUCAUCAAUGUAAGAAGCUAUUUUUUAUUGAGGUGGGUUGGCCGGAUGAGCAUGGAGAAGGAUCCCUUGAGGACAAGGGAUGAUUUUAAGGGGAAGGGAGUGUUACGAACCAGCUGGUUGAAGUGGAUUUAGACAGUAGUUCAGAUCAGAUUAUGCAGCACAGUUCAGAUUAUGUAGCACAGUUGUUACUAUCUCUUGGCUGCUCUGGAUGAGUGUUAUCUGCUGCACAAGAUUGGUUCUAGCUUGUUAAAGUUAUCUGAUUGUUUAGGAUUUGUUUAGGAGUUAUUAAUGGUUAUCUUAUUUAUGUUUAUAGGGUUGCUUUUCAAAUAAUGACUCUGCUUGGGUGUGUCCAACAAAAAUAGGAGUUGGAAAUAGGAUAGGACUUGAUGUUAUUUUAUCUUUAUCAUUAGGAAUGCAUUGUAUGCUCAGUUGGAGGCUAUUUAUAGCCUACGUUUAUUAAUAAGAAGCAUCUGAAUAUUGCAGUAAAACAAUCAAGCUUUUGCUUGUUAAGGAGGUCCCGGUUAUCCCUCGAAGCAUAACCAGAAAUUUAUCCUUCUUCUUUUCUGUUAAAUUCCAGAAUUUCCUCAAUCUAACCAUAGCCCCACGCGGGAAAAGAGGUGCUACACGCGGCCGAGGCGGGGGUC